ACGCUGUUGUUCCUCACCGGAAGAGAUGUCUCUGCGCAUAUCAAUGUCAAAAUUGCUCAAAAAACUUCGCUUUCCUCCUUCCCACACCUUCUCCGCCUCUAUAGUUGCCCAAAAUCCACUGCCCAUCUCAUUUUCCGGUAAAAGACUUUCCCACUGGUAUCAAACUGGUGCAUAUGAUUGGAGAACAAAUCUUAGGGAUCCUUGUUUAUGGAUUGUUAUAUCUGGACAUUUGUGACACUUGGAAUUAGUGCCAAUGUUGCGUUUGCGGAGGACGUAACGUCCGAAACAUCUUAUGAUAAUAGCGCGGGGGGAUUGAAAAAAAUUGAGGAUGGUUCUGUAGCAUCGAAUAUACAUACAGCAAAAUGGAGAGUUUUUACUGAUAAAGGAAGAGAGCUUUUCCUAGAGGGAAAAUUCGAUGAUGCUGAAAGACUCUUCCUUGCUGCUAUACAAGAAGCUAAAGAAGGUUUUGGCGAGCAAGAUCCGCAUGUUGCUUCUGCGUGUAACAAUCUGGUUGCAGAGAUGUACAGGGUCAAGAAGGCAUUUGACAAAGCAGAACCAUUGUAUUUGGAAGCUAUCAAGAUCCUAGAAGAAUCGUUUGGUCCUGAUGAUGUAAGGGUUGCAGUUGCUGUUCACAACCUAGGGCAGUUCUACCUUGGACAGCGGAUGUUGGAUAAAGCUCAAGUUAGCUAUGAGCGCGCUUUAAAGAUAAAAAGGCGUGUUCUGGGAUAUGGCCAUUCAGAAUGUUCAGAUACGAUGUAUCAGAUCGGCAUGGUGCUGUAUCUUCAAGGAAAAGAAAAGGAGGCUGAAACCAUUAUUAAGGACUCUAUAAGCAUGCUAGAGAAAAGUGCUGAAGGGGAGUCAUUUGUAUGCAUUAAAAGACUUCGUUUCCUCUCACAGUUAUAUUUGAAAUCACAUCGUCUUGAUGAAGCUGAGAUGGUCCAGAGAAAGAUCCUCAACAUAAUGGAAUUGUCAAAGGGGUGGAAUUCUUUGGACACAGUUAUUGCAGCUGAAUCCUUGGCCUUGACACUACAAGCAUCUUCCGAAACAAAACAGUCGAAAGAGCUUCUUGAAAGAUGUCUUGAUGUCCGGAAAACCUUACUUCAAAGUAAUCAUAUUCAGAUUGGUGCAAACCAACUUCAUCUAGCUAGAGUGGCAGUGCUUGAUUACAACCAAAACAAAAAAUUGGAUGUUUCUAAAGCUAAAGCUGAGCUUGAUAUCGCAAAGGAUCAUUUGCAUAAUUCCAUAAGGAUUGCGCGUCAAUGUUUAGAUAAGGUAUUGAAACAAAAAGACAGGUCGAAGAAAAACAGUAUGGUUGAACGUUCUAGAAAGGAAGCCCAAGCAACACUUGUCAUACUGUUGCAAUCACUCAGCACUCUAUCAUCGGUGGAGUUGGCUAAGCAAGAAUUGCAGGAGAUUCAGGAAGGAGAAAUUAACCUUAAGGCUAAAGAGGCACUUCUACAAUGCAUUGCUGCUUACAACGAGUUUGUUGUGCACAAGAAGUCCAUUGGUGAUUCUCCUGAAAUAAAGAAUGAGUAUCUUUCAUGUUUUAAGCAUGCUCAAACCUUGCUUGGCAGUAAACUUGAAGGAGAGGGUAUCCAUAAGCUGAAUCAAACACCAUGAAGAGAAUUUUUUUUCUUCUUUUAAAUAUUACAUUUUUAGUCAUAAAAGGAAAGAAAGAAAUAUACCACAUGUGAUAAGGAUUAAGGAGCACAGUUGCCCCUGCUCUUGGUGUCAGAAAGAAAUGUACAUUGACCAAGCUUAUAGAAAAUGUGAGAUUCUAUCAUAUUGUUAUUCAUAAUCACACAAAGCAUUUUUUUUUUUCUUUGUAUGAUUACCAAUUAUAUUAACUUGAUAUUGAAUUUAUGUAUGCUUCUAAUUGACUCUAUUAAUCUACAAAUUUCUAACCUGAUGCAAUGAUGAAGAAAGCCAAUAAAAAUAUCAUUGUCACGGUUAAUAAUCUUUUGAAACUCCAUCUUGCACAUAUAACAUAUUAUGUUGUAUGGAGGUCUGUAUAUAUAGACUUAAUUUGAGAGGUCUUUAAAUAUAAAUAUAAAAUAGUUUAAUUAAACGGAAGAAUAUUUUACACUCUUUC